AUGGCAUUAACGUCUGCUGCGCCAUAUUUGGCAUUGUUGAGCGAGGAGGACCCGGAGCUGAAGUCCUAUGCUUUGUCAUCUCUGAAUGGGGUUGUUGAUCAACUCUGGGCUGAGAUUGCCAACAACAUUACCGAAAUUGAGGCUUUAUACGAAGACGAGAAGUUCUCGCACCGUGCUUUGGCUGCGCUCGUUGCUUCCAAAGUGUACUAUAAUUUGGGUGAUUAUGAUUCGUCUGUGAAGUACUCCUUGUGCUCUGAAAGCGCCUUUGAUUUGGACGAGAAGACCGAAUACGUCGAGACUAUUAUCUCGAAAUGUAUCGACAGAUACAUUUCCUUGUCUCAGACAAAGUUCUCUGACCCAAGUGUGAAAAUCAACUCGCAAUUGACUCUAAUUUUUGAGAAAAUGCUGGAGAAGUGUAUUAGCCAGGGCGAGAUAAAGCUGGCUUUGGGUAUCGCAAUGGAAAGUUAUCGCCUGGACAUUGUCGAGGAUAUUAUCAGAACCCAGCUGCGGACCUCAGCUAAUGAAGAAUCGGUUUUGUCCCUUGUGGGCUAUGUUCUUUCUUCAGUCACCACCGUGAUUGCCAACAUCGGUUUGAGGGUACAAAUCUUGAACACUCUGGUGUUGAUAAUUCUCUCGCUCAAGUCGCCUGAUUACUUCAUGAUCUCCAAGAUAAUAGUACAAUUGAAUGACUACACUCUUGCACACAAGAUUUUCAAGGAGCUUUUGGUGAACGGUGAUCACCUCACUGCAUUCCAAGUGGCAUUCGAUCUAGUCAACUCAGCGUCGCAAGAGCUUUUGGACAAAACCUCUGAGAUCCUCACCAAGGACGAAAACCUAGAUCAAACCAACAAAGAACUUGCAAAAUUGCUGAAGGUUCUAUCGGGUGUUCCAACCUGUGAUCUGGACAUCACCUUCCUCUACAACAACAACAAUACCGAUAUCUCGAUCCUAAACAAGAGCAAGCAGCAGUUGGACGGCAGAAACUCGAUUUUCCACUCGGCUAUCACUUUCCAGAAUGCAUUCAUGCAUGCUGGUACCACUGACGAUUCUUUCUUCAGAAGCAACCUUGAGUGGCUGGGGAAGGCCACCAAUUGGUCGAAAUUUUCUGCUACCGCUGCUUUGGGUGUUAUCCACAAAGGUAACCUUUCGCAGGGUAUGAACCUUCUGAAACCAUACCUUCCUGGAAGUACAAGUUCACCUUACACCAAUGGUGGUUCGCUAUUUGGACUUGGAUUGGUAUACGCAGGUCACGGUAAGGAAGUGAUCGAAUUUUUGAAAGAGAAGAUCGUGGAAAACAACUCUGCCAGUGAUGACAAAAACGUGGACGUUGUUCUCCAUGGUGCUUGUCUAGGUGUGGGUGUUGCAGGUAUGGGUCUAGGAAGCGAGGAAAUCUACGAGGAGCUCAAGACUAUUCUCUAUGCUGAUUCAGCCGUCGCAGGUGAGGCAGCAGGUUUGGCAAUGGGAUUGGUAAUGCUGGGUUCAGGUGAUGACAAUGCCCUAUACAACAUGUUCCAAUACGCCCAAGAGACUCAGCAUGAAACCAUUGUUCGUGGUCUUGCGAUAGGUAUUGCUCUUGUUUGCUACGGAAAAGAAACUUCUGCAGAACCAAUGAUCGACCAAUUGCUGAAGCACCAAGAUCCUAUACUCCGUUAUGGUGGUGCUUAUACUCUGGCACUGGCUUACUGUGGAACUAGUAACAACUCCGCCAUCAAGCGCUUGUUGCACAUUGCAGUUUCGGAUUCUUCUGACAACGUUAGAAGAGCUGCCGUUACAGCUCUGGGUUUCGUUCUACUUCGUGAUUACACAACAGUUCCAACCAUCGUUGAACUCCUAUCUGAGUCCCAUAACCCUCAUGUCCGCUAUGGUACUGCCAUGGCUUUGGGUAUCUCUUGUGCUGGCCGUGGUCUUCCAGCCGCAGUUGAAGUUUUGGAGCCAUUGACCAAGGAUGCCGUUGAUUUUGUCAGACAGGGAGCUCAUAUAGCCAUGUCGAUGAUCAUGAUUCAACAGAAUGAGAAAACCUUUCCCAAGGUCAAUGAGGUCAAAGAAUCAUUUGCCAAGGUUGUUGGAAACAAAAAUGAAGACUCACUUGCUAAAUUUGGCGCUGCCUUAGCACAGGGUAUCAUCGAUGCUGGUGGACGCAAUGUGACCAUUCAGCUAGAGAAUUCUCAAACAGGAACUCUCAAUAUGAAGGCGAUCGUCGGUCUCACAGUGUUCUCCCAGUACUGGUAUUGGUUUCCAUUCACACACUUCCUUGCCCUGUCUUUCACGCCCACAUCCAUUAUUGGAAUUCGUGAAGACUUCAAAGUUCCAAAGUUCGAGAUCAACUGUCACACUAAGCCCGAUCUUUUUGGAUACCCUCCAAAGGUCGAGACUGCAGUCGAGAAGCAACCUGAAAAAGUGGCAACUGCCGUUCUAUCUACUACCGUGAGAGCCAAAGCCAGAGCGAAGAAGGUCAAGGCUGAAAAGGAGAAGAAAGAAGAGGAGGUCAAGGUUGAGGACAAGAUGGAUGUUGAUGAUGAACCCGCAAAGCCAGAAGUCUCUGAGCCAGUGGCCGAAGAGCUCUCGAAUGACGAAACCGUUGCCGACAACGAAGAAGAUUCUUCAUCAUCCAACACUUAUUACACCCAGACUCCAUACAAGCUCAAUAACAUGAGCAGGGUUGUUCCAUCUCAGCUCAAGUACAUUGCUUUCGUGAAAGAUGAGAGGUUCACUCCGAUCAGGAAGUUCAAGGGAACAAGCGGUAUAGUUGUGUUGAAGGAUGCUCAGUUUGGUGAGCCGUUGGAUCGUAUCAAGACAGUGAGGGAGCUGAACAACACUGACGCUCCACUGCCCGACCCAUUUACUUUGGAGGAUAGCGAUGAUGAAGAGGAAGCAAAAUAA